AUGGAAGAAUUGUUCUUUUUUCGAUUUCCUGAUGAGAACAAGGAAGAAUACUCUUGCUCUAUUAUAAUCGUGGACGCCGCGUCCUCCGCGGUGGACCACCAGGAGCCGCGCGCGGCGUCGGCGGGCAGCUGCCAGCAGCAGCAGCAGCAGCAGCAGCAGCAGCAGAACGGCUGCGACCGCCCGCAGUGCGAGCAGAAGCAAGACAAGGAGGAAGCGCCCUCGCUGACGAGGUAUCCUGAUGGCUCAGUACGCCUGCGAAAUCCUCACAUCCAACUUAUGGAUCAAGAUAUUUUGUACCAUUUGGCCUUGGGGAGUGAAUCUCAUGACUUAGUGAGCAUGUUUGGAGAUGUAAAGUUUGUAUGUCUGGGAGGAACUCCGAAGCGCAUGGAGCAAUUUGCCUUCUCUAUUAUGGACGAAAUUGGCCAUAAAUUACCUGCAGGGACCACCUUACUUGAUAUAAGCCGGUACUCAUAUCGUUAUUCCAUGUACAAAGUGGGACCAGUGCUGGCAAUCAGUCAUGGAAUGGGCAUUCCUUCUGUUGGUAUCCUUCUUCAUGAAGUCAUAAAAUUAAUGUACCAUGCCAGAGUUCGUGAUCCAAUUUUUUUCCGCAUUGGGACUUGUGGAGGGAUUGGAAUUGAAGGUGGAACAGUUGUCAUCUCAGAAGAUGCUGUUGAUGGCUUGCUGAGGCCUACAUUGGAACUGCCUGUACUGGGUAAACUUCUUCAGCGACCCGCCAAACUUGAUAAGAAAUUAGCUCGUGAAUUAAAAAGUCUUGCUAGUGCUGAAGAUCCUUAUGAUACAGUAACAGGCAGAACCAUGUGUACAUAUGACUUUUAUGAAGGUCAAGGUCGACUGGAUGGAGCCUUCUGUGAUUAUACAGAGGCUGAUAAAAUGCAUUAUAUGACCCAGAUUCAUAAGGCAGGCGUUGUAAACAUCGAAAUGGAAUCAUUAUCAUUUGCAGCUCUGACACAUCAUGCAGGAAUAAAAGCAGCUGUUGUUUGUGUUACCCUUUUGGAUAGACUUAAAAAUGAUCAGGUAUUAGCCCCUAAAGAAGUAUUGGAUGAGUGGCAAUCAAGACCUCAAAUACUUGUUUCUCGUUAUAUCAAGCGUUAUUUGAGCAUGAAAGGGCGAUUAUCAUUAGAUGGUCCAGGUGGUUCAAUGUGUGUCAAAAGUCCACGUAGAUUUAAACUUGUGCAACAAGAAUCUGAGACCUACGACUAAACUAUUUUCAUUUAUUCACAAGUAAUUUUAUUUUCAAAAGUUUUUAUGUUUUGUUUAAUUGUUGGAGGAUAGAUUCUUAUUUUUAGAGGAAAAUUUCAUCAAAAUGUUUCAGCUAAUGUACUCUUGAGCCUUCUAUCUAGAAAUAGUUUUCACGUCAGGAGAAAAUAUAAUGGAAAGUGCACAUCAAAGCUUUGCUAUUGAUCUGUGGUAAAAUAAAAUAUCUUCAUGCUAAUGACAGUUAAACAACAAAGUGAUGAAAAAUAUUGGGAAAAAUACACAAUAUGCAAAAUGAAUAAAGAAUUACUGGUCACAUUUUAAGAGGUUAAAUGCAACUUUUGAAAUUGUUCAUACUGGAAUUCUUAGUAAUUUUUAUGAUUUGAAUAAUUGGAAUUGUAUUAAAUUUGUGUGCAGUAAUUAUCAAUAUGGACAACAAUUGUCACUUCUAAUACUAAUGGGACUUUUUCUUCCUUAAUUUCAAUGUCUAAAAACUUGACAAAAUAUCCUUUUUUUGGCAUAAUGCUUUAAAACAACUGUGUAUCAGAACGAGUUUUUUCCUUUUCUCUUUUCAAAAAUGAUAACAUAUCAGUACGAGAGUUUUUUCGGAUACAAAGUAAAAAUUAUUUGCUUUUUGAAGACUAAUAAAUUGUCAUUAGCAAUUGAGAAAUAUGAUUCUUGAAAAAACUAUUCUUAAAUUUAAUAUAUUCAUGUGCAGAGUGGAAUAUAAAUGCUUAAUAUCAUCAGUAUUAUCUCAUUUCUCAGACAUAUUCAGUGAACAGUCUGAUUGCCAGUAAUAUUUUUCUUCAAUCUGCUUGCUAUUUCACAAAGAAAGAAACAAUAUACCUUACAAUUGUGUUUCUUCUAAGACAGAGGCCUCCAACUUUUACUAGAAUUUUAUUGUAGAAAGGAGUCUUGAUGCCAAUCUAUAAAAAGUAUCAGACUUCAGUGAUUGUUCAGUAUUUCAUUAGAAAUUGGUAAAAUGAAUCACUGCAAAAGCAGGCACUUCUUUUAUAUGUACAAGUCAAGGAAAAAUAAUGCCAAUGAAAAAUAUGGUAAAGUCACUUAGAAUAGAGACAUGUUGUUAUGUUGUUAAUGUGUAUAUUGUAUUAUCUGCUAGCUUUAUGUUAAUUUUGAAGUAUGUGUAAUGCAUAUGUACUCGAUUUGAGAUCAAUACUUUUUUUACAAACAAAGAUUGUUAGGAGUGGAUGUAUGUGUAAACAUUUUUUAAAUGAAAUAUUGAUAUUUAACUAUUAAUAUAUUGUUUGGAUGUUGUACUUUCAUGUGUGCAUGUGAUUAUUUGAAAGGUGAUGGGUUUAGUUUAAAGUGCUGUUAUAUCCAGUUCUGUAAACGUAAAGAUGAAGUUAAUGAACUGACAUUAAAACUUGAUGUAUCUUAUAUACAUUGGCAAGAAGCAAAGACCAUGUAUAUUUACUUUCUUAAGUGUCUUUUUUUUAUGGGAAUGUGCUUGAGAAAUAAUGGUGUUCUCAAGGUCACAUAAAAAGACAGGAAAAUCCUGAAAUAAAAUUGUUUUGAGGGGUUGCCCAUUAAUUACGUGAUUUGGAGAAUUUUGGAUAUCCCUCCCAUCUGUAAUGCCCCAGUAAUGCAAGCUUGACCUCUCCGAAUAAUUACAUUAUGCUUACAUCAAAUUGUAGAAAAGAAAAAUAAUUUGUAUUAACUUUAUUUCAUUUUUUAUUAAAAUUUACAAUAAUUAAAGAAGUUCAGCAUUUCAUAUAUAUCUAUAUAUAUAUAAAUUCGUUGUGUGCGUAAAACUAGUACUUUUGUAUUUUCUUUUUUUGCCAGCAAACUACUACUUUCAUGACUAGUCAAUACAUUUUCUUUGAUACUGAGUGAACAAAGAAAAGAGAAGAGAUAGGAAAAUCAUUGCAGCAUCUAACUGUUUUACUGUGAAAAACGCAAUUCCAUGAAUAUUAACAUGAUUCCUAGAGUACCACAUGUCCAGCAGAUGCCAAAAGUGCAGUUUACAAUGGAAUUUUCAGAGGUUACAAUGAUCAGCUAUCUCAUCUUUUGUUCGCAUCUUUAAAAAAAACGCUUUCCGUGAAAAGAAUCAAAAUAUUUUUCUCAUACUGCAAUAGCGUAAAAUUUUAUUGUAAAAAAUGAUGAAAUACUUAUUUCAAUAUAGAAAAAAUAAACAAGGAUUUGGGCUCUAGUCGUCACUCUCUCAAAAGCUCCGUCAGCAAAAGCACAAUGUUGGGAUGCUUAUGAUACACAUCAAAACAACAAACAUUUGUGAAGGCAAAUUAUCUUUGUUUCUUAAUUACAAUUUGUGUGCAAUUACACAUGAUAAUAAAAAAAUUCAAGCACAUUCAAUUAUACCUACCAAAUAAAACCUAAACAUUACCAACUGAACAGAAUUAGUUGGUGAAACUGAUUGCACCAAACUACAAGAAUUGGGGAGAAUUUCCGUGGGAAGGUAGGAUACAGAUAGGUAAAAAAAUUUCUGCCAUUGAUCCAGACAGGUACCUUCUUGUUGGAUGAUGCAUGCACAAGUCACAAAAGUCUUCAUUAUCAUCAUAUCAUCAUCAUCAUGAACUGCAGGUGUUUAGGUUGGUGCUGGUUCAGUAGACCUAGUAGAUUAAUCUUCUAGGUGUUCCUGUCUUCUUUACUUAUUGACUUAGAUUGUAGAAUAUACUUCAGGGCAGUUUCAAAUAUUUUUCUUAAUUCAAUAAUUAAUUAGUUAAUUCAAUAGUAUACCAUUAAUGAAAAAAUAUUUCCAUUGUAACAGUUAAUACAACAGAAUUUCAUUUUGUAUAUAUUUUUUAAUUUUAUUUUUUAAAUAUUUUAAUGUAAGUGAAUAAAAGGAAUUAUAUUUUUGUAAAGAUUGAAAAAUUAAAAGGAUAAAUAUCCGUGUAUGUAACUUUGAACUAACACUCACCUUUAGCAUUACGUAAUUUAUGGAUGAUCCCUAACUUCAUUUUAUGUUCAACAUUUAGUUAAUUUUUAAUGGUUUAUGAAUAAUUACAACUUCGCUAACAUUAAAAUUGUUGUGUACUGAAAUAUUAUUUCCUGAGACCAAAUUUGUCAGAUUUUGUUUUUUGUUUCGUUUUGUUUUGUAUGUUCACAGUGAAAAUAUAUUUGUCAAAAGCUUUCUAUUGAGACUUACUUAAAAUUUCUCAUGAAAUUUAUAACAAAAAUACAAGUGGAUUGGAGAUUUCAUACAGUAUAAGAAUAAAAAAAAUUUGCACAUUUCCGUAAGUUUUGAAUUAUUUUUAAGUAGCAAUAGAAACGUUUAUUCAGAUUUAAGCAAAGCCCAUCACUGAUCAUUACUUAGGAUGAUAAUAUUAAUAAUGACAAUAUGUAAUAUUUCAUUGGGAACUUGCAUUUUUAAAUGAAAGCUGAAUGUUUCAUUUUUCUUUUAAUUGUGUAACAAGAUCUAUACUUGCAAGACAGCUACAAUUAUGUUUGAUAAGCCAAAUGUUACUCGUGGUAUAUUCAUUUUAUAACACACUGCCACAAAUAGUUGAACUAACAAAAUACUACAAUUGAUGUAAAGUGUUAGUAAUUUUCUCUCCCAUCUCUUAAUAGAUUAAAUGUUUAGAUUAUAAAAAUAGACAACGACAUAUCUGUCAUGUAUUUGAUAUAUAAUGAAAGUAUAGUGCUUUUUCUUAGCACAGUUGAAAUUUUAAUCUGUUAUGUAUUGUUCAAACAUAAUUUAAGUAAUAUUUGUGUCAAGAACUAGGUCUACCUCAAGCAUUUUGCCUUGUUUAUAGAUUUGAAUUUUUAAAGAUAAUAUACCUUUUUUUUUUAAACUAACAAAAUACUAUUAGAUGGAGCAUUCUCUGUGAUUGGACUUGAAAAUUAAACUAAAAAUAAAUAGUAUGCUACAGAACAAAAAAUUGGCAUGGAACUUUAAUUUACAACUUAUACAAAUAUUUUGCUGCAAUCUAGAAAAGUUGGAAAAAUUGUUUCUUCAUUGGUGUUUUGUUGUUGUUGUUUUCUUUCUUUCUUUUCCUUUUUUUUCUGUCUCUUCCUUUCUUCAUAGACAAGUUGAUAAUCAGAGGUACUUGGAGAGAACUAGAGACCUGGGGUAGUAGAUCUACGGGGGCCCAUUACUUCAAAAAAAAUUUGCCCCCUUCUCUAUGUAAACAGAAUUCAUUUAUCCAUGCAACAGAAAUAACUUACAAGAAUGGUUAAUUUGAAUUAGAAGUAAAUAUAUUUUUUCUCCAACAAAAAAUAAUUUUUAGAUCCCAGUUAAGCCUGGGUCUGGGUCCUGUUGCUGCCUCCCCCUCCCCCCCUCUUCUGGGUGCUCUUAUUCAUAAUACCCAUCUUAGAAAGCCACAAUAAACAAGGUCAAAAAACCAAUAUUAAGAUUGACAGAAUCUUAUAUCUACAGUUAAAUCUGGGAUGGGUAUUCUAUUACUCUUCAUUGUUGCAGUAUAAUAAGCAAAUGAAUCUUAUAUUAAAAUAAAAUAGCCUACUGCGGAUUUCUCUGCUGGGGCCAAAAUGUAGCUACAAAUGCUUUGCAGGCAUUUGCAUUGAAAAUGGAAAAUAGUAAGUUUGCUAUUUAGAUAAUUGUAAAUUUUACAUAAUCUUUAUCAUGUUUAUAGUAAGUUGUUGAAUCAUGAAAUAAGUAAAUGAAGGUAAAUAAAUAUAUCUCAGAAAUAUCAUUUACUAAGGUGAGCUUGUUAGUAGAAUAUUUCUUGACACAUGUAAUCAAAUGAGUUUCUUAAAUUGUUAUCCUAUUUAUGUUUAAUGACAUGUGCAGACACGUUUUCUUGGUACCAGUAUUACAAAUCUAGAAUGCAUAUCUAAAAAUAGGUUUGGCAAAAAGGACUCAGAAAAUCAGUCAGCAUAUUUUUAUUCUUCAGGAAUACAUCUUGACACAAAGAGAAAUCACUAUUGUGCCUGAAAUUCUUCCAGAAUAUGUAUUACAUGUGCACACCUAAAUAUUGUUUAAAAUAAAGUGAAAAUUUCAUCCAAUUGAUUUAGAAGUCAUAGAGAAAGACUAUUGUGGUGCUCAGUGCUGUGGUGCUCUGUGUAUAACAUCCUCUCUCAUUAACAAAACUAGAAGUGAAUUCCACACCUUCUGCCUUUGGUAAAAUAGUUGUUUGUUGAAGUGUUUUAAAAAUUUGAUAUUGUUACAUAUGGAUAAUUCCAUUUACAAAUAUUGUACAGUGAAUAUGAAUUGAAAAUAGAUGACAAUAUACACUUAAUAAGUUGCAGAAGUGUUGGCCAAACCAGUGUGAGUUAUAUCACAAAGUAUUAGAAUUCUUAAGGUCGUGCUUAAUGCUAAAAAUGAAAUGUAUUGAAAAUUGAAAAAUAAGAAUAUUACAUCGUUCCUAAUUCUUAAG